AUGAGGACAGGCUUCCCGGACAACGGUGGAAGCUCUAUUUGCGGCGACCAUCUUCGCAAGACGGCGGUCAUUGACUUCGAAUUGCAUAAAUUGAAUAUAGCAAUAGCUGCUCUUCAGGAAUGUAGACUUGCCGACGAGGGCUCCAUACGUGAGGAACACUAUACUUUCUUUUGGAAGGGUAAAAACGCCUCUGAAACUCGCGAACACGGAGUGGGUUUUGCAAUACGCAAUGACAUUCUAAAAUCGACCGAGGGCCCUAGAGGUAUCUCAGAACGCAUAAUAUCCUUGCGCAUGUCUACUUUCUCGGGUUUUGUGACCAUUCUAUCAGUAUAUGCACCCACUUUAACAUCUUCUACAGAAUCGAAAGAUCUUUUCUACGAUGAUUUAACGUCAACGGUCCGACAGAUUCCAUCUGGUGAUCGUCUUAUACUAUUAGGGGACUUCAAUGCUCGGGUAGGACAGGAUAAUAUAUCCUGGCCCGAAUGCCUAGGUAACCAUGGUAUUGGAAAAAUAAAUGAAAACGGCCAACGUCUUCUAGAGUUCUGUGCUCUAAACCUCUUAUGUGUUACUAACACCUACUUUAAAGGCAAAGCAUUACAUAAAGUCUCAUGGAAACAUCCAAGGUCGGGCCAUUGGCAUCAGCUAGAUCUUAUUCUGACUAAAAGAAACGACUUACGCGACAUAAAGCACACACGUUCGUUCCAUAGCGCAGAUUGUGAUACUGAUCACUCAUUGGUAGUUGCAAAAAUGUCCUUUGUACCAAAGAAAAUUUAUAAAUCUCGUACCCCAGCUAGAAAAAGACUAGACUUACCUAAAUUAGCCAACAAGGAACUGGUAGCACAAUUUAAUGAAGUAACAGAACGAAUUACAAGAUCAUGGAACCCUGAUACAUCAAUUUCAGAAGAUUGGACUAAUAUUCAGAACCUUCUUACACUUACUGCCGGGGAAGUAUUCGGUCACGUACAACGCCACCAAAAUGAUUGGUUCCAAACUAAUAUUGAAAAACUUAAGCCUCUAAUAGCCUCUAAGAAUUCAGCUGCAUUGAACUACCGUCUUAACCCUUCAAACUCUUCAAAAGAAAAGCUCAGAGCAACGAAAGCUAUGCUGCAACGUAAUACUCGCUAUUGCGCUAAUGCUUACUGGAUAGAGCUUUGCCAAAGCAUCCAGGAAUGCGCUUAUACUGGCAACAUAAGUGGCUUAUACUCGCGCAUCAAGAAAGCAGUAGGUCCUAUUCCCAAGAAAACAGCACCUCUCAAGGAGAUUGACGGUUCUGUCAUCACUGACAGAAAUCGUCAACUCAACCGUUGGGUGGAACAUUAUACCGAGCUGUAUUCUCGACCUGUGGACAUUGACGCCUCAGCUGUACAAAACUUCCCAAAGUUACCUAUGAUGGAAGAUCUCGAUGCUCUACCCACGGUUACUGAGUUCCACCUUGCCGUUAGUAAGUUAAAAUGUGAAAAAAGCCCGGGGAACGAUGGAAUCCCGACGGAACUGCUGAAGUUGGAAUGCGUGAUGCCGCUUUGUUACAAUCUGUUACUGAAGUGUUGGCGUGAGGGGCAGGUACCUCAGGAUAUGCGUGAUGCAAAUAUCGUCACUUUGUACAAAGGUAAAGGGGACCGCGGCAACUGUAACUCCUACCGUGGUAUAUCUUUACUCAGUAUCGUAGGCAAGUUGUUUGCUCGUGUCAUCCUGGGCAAACUACAAAAACUUGCUGACCGUAUUUAUCCUGAGGCGCAGUGUGGUUUCCGUGCUCACAGAUCUACUACGGACAUGAUAUUUACACUACGCCAGCUCCAGGAAAAAUGUAGGGAACAAAGAACCCCCUUAUUUAUUGCUUUUGUUGACCUGAAUAAAGCAUUUGACACUGUGAGCAGAGAAGGGUUAUACACAGCGUUAGAGAAGAUGGGUUGUCCACCAAAGUUGUUAUCGCUGAUAAAGUCUUUCCAUCAAGACAUGAACGACGUGCAUCUUAAGCAUUCUUUGUAUGGAUCUGAAUCCUGGACGUCAUAUAACAAACAAGAGCGAAAAUUAAACAACUUUCACAUGCGCUGUCUUCGGAGCAUCUUGGGUCUCACUUGGAAAGAUAGAGUCACAAACGAGAGCGUGUUAAGCACCGCACAGCUGCCUAGCAUAAUCGCGUUACUACGUCAGAGACGUCUGCGUUGGCUAGGGCAUGUGCAUCGCAUGGCCCCCAAUCGUUUGCCCAGGCAGAUACUUUUAGCCGAAGUAGCACAUGCUAAGCGCCCGGUAGGUCGCCCAAUACUUAGGUUUAAAGAUAGUGUGAAGCGGGACAUGGUAUCUUUUAACAUGGAUCCAACCAAGUGGGAGGAAGAGGCGGUGGACCGGGUCAGAUGGCGUAAAUCCGUAGCUGACGGUGUUUCCGCUCACGAUGAGGCCUGGUUUAAGCAGCUAGCCCACAAGCGCGAAAUUCGGCGCAACUACGCCGUUUUACCCCAUCAUACACAAAUACAGAAAUCCGCUGCCAAAACUGUGGUCGUAUCUUUCGGGCUAGAAUCGGUCUGA